AUGUCGAAUGGCAAGGAAAGCCGAGCGUUAGAAUCGUUAACAGAAUCCCAAUUUGGAAUCGAUGAUAGUGAAGUUUUGGAUGGACUAAGUAAAGAAGAUAUUGAAGAAGAAACGUUAUGCUUCCAACUUUGCCAACUUGAUCCGCUUUAUCCGGCUUAUUUUAAGCAUAUGAAUACUGGAAGGAUGAAGGUAAAUUUAUUUCAACGCAUUUAA